GACGCCCAGUUGUUUAUACUGGCGAUUCAAAAUGGACACUACCUCAGAAAUAGUAACAGUACCAAAUCAGAGACUAUUGACAAGACAAUUAAAUUCGUUGAAGAAGUGAUGCUUGACGAAACACUUACUAAAACUCAAAUCGCUCGUUACACAGCAGUUCUCUAUUUUCUUCGAUUACGGCUUAUUAAUAAAAAGAAAGUUGAAGCAGCAAAUAUGGUUUCGGAGGUAGUUAAUGGUGGUCCUUGGCUUGUGAGAUGUAUCAGAAAGUGGGCAAAUAUCUGCAUGAAAGGGGAAUUAAUCCAACCGACUGCUCAGGGAAGGUUUCCGUCCAAGAGCCUGCUUAAUGACGAGUUGGUUUCCUUCCAAUUAGCUGCCUAUCUACACACUCAGACGUUCGAAGUGAGUCCAAGAAUGCUUAUGUCCAAAUGGCUUGACAAAGACUGUAUAAUAAGAACAUUCCCAUGUUUGAAUGAUAAUGAAAGAGAGCACGUAUGGAUAACCCAUGAUAAAACAACCUUCUAUGCUUACGAAGGACCACGUGCUUUGUGGGGUCCUGAAAACGAACAGCCAUUAUGUAAAAAAGGGAUGGGUCUUG